UCCUCUCCUCCUGCCAUACCACCUCCACCUGCGCUGCCUCCUCCACCAUCCUUCCACGCAUUGGAUGUAGAGAUUCGGAAACUGCUCAUGCUUGCUGGACUUACCCAAGCUGAGCUCCUCAAACUCAGCCCUGAGCUUGGUGUCUGUGUCGGGGGGUUAGAAGACGAGGGAGAUGGAGAUAAUUUCAUGAAACCGAAAUCUCUGGAGUCGCAAGAGUUCAGUCUGCGGUACAGAGAAGAGGAAAGUGAGCCUGACACACAGCUGGUGGCCAGAGAUCAAUGGGUUGGCACUGAAAAGUUGGAGGGAGAUCAAAAAGCAGAUAUAGCUGAAGAAGGCAAAAAGAAAGAGGAGGGCAGAGACACACAGAGAACAACGUCAUUUACUGAGAUGGCAAGGAGAAGGAAGAAAAACACUGGCUUGGCAUUCGACCAGUACUACAGUUUAAGCAAUACACAUGAAGAUAAAGCAAAGAAUGUGAGCUUUGGGGCUUCCCGUUAUUCUGCUGAGCCACCAGAGUCACCGCCGCCUCCUCCUCCCCCUCGCCCUCUGCCACCCAUUCCUCCAUGUUUGCCAUCCCUCAAAGUCAGCACUCUGCCCGCCAACUCUGAACAACCUGAGCGUUUUGAUUGGCUGAUAGCAUUCACACCUGAGUGUGAAGCCCCACCACAGCUGCCACCCCUAGAAAAGAGAAAGGCAUAUGUGGAAACCCAAAAGAAGCCCAAUUCGUCAGGUACCUCUCCAGGGUCAGCUCCAAAGGUCACAACCUUUAAAGAGUUGCGUUUCCGCAACAAGAGCUCCUCUCCUCCGACUAAGGUGAUCAUUGAGCCCGAUCCUGACCCCACAAUAAUCACUCCAGAUCCAGAUAUACUCUACAACUUAAAGUGGAGGAAACAUAAGGAGGGAAGUGAUGGCAGCCAGUGGGAGUACACCUCUCAGGCUCAGGCCCUCUUCAUGCAGCCGCCGCCAGCCCUCACCUCAAUGGCUGCUCUGCAGGAAAUGCUCCAGAGAGCUGAUAAGGAGGGGGGGCAACUAGAGUUGUGCCCAUCACAGAAGAUUGGCUGCUCAGUCAGUGACAGCAGCCUGUGGACCUUGGGCAGAGAGUGGGAGGGGGAAGAAAUUAAGAAGGAAGAAAAAGAAGGGAAGGACAAACUAAAGGAGGAGGUGGAGGUGAGAGGACAAGCUGAUGGAGGACGGACUUUUGAAUCAAGAACUUCAGUUUCCUCACCCCCGCUCUCCCUCGCCCAGUCCUCCCAACCCUACUUCCUCCACACCGCUAUCCCUUCCUUUCGCCCAGGCUACUGUUACUCCCACCCCCUUGCAGAUCCCAGGCCCCGCAGUCAUGUAGGCCAAGGGCCCACAGACACACACAGAAACACACGGUGGACUCCUGCUGUCCACUCAGCUUGUAUCCACAGAGAUGAAUCGAGCUCUGGGUUUAAAGAUGAAUCCCCGGCUGCUUUUGGUGUAGAGUCUCCACGUGACUGUGGGGAUAAGUUUAAGCAAAACACACAUUCAGCUUACCAAUAUAACAGCGAUCCCAAAACCAAUGAAAGGGACUUUGCAACUGAGUCAAUCUGCAAUCUUGACUCCCUUUACCAAAGUGAUUCAGAGAAGCAGAAUGAUGCCAACGCCGUGUCUGUUAGCAGCACCGCUGAAGCUCCAGGUUGCACCACACCGUAUAAGAAUAUCGAUGUUAUGAUGAUGUAUUCAAACAGCAUUGGUGCUAGGGAUUCGAUGUAUUCAGAGAAGCGCUCACUCUCACACACAGACCAGGUCAGCAUCAAGGCUAGGACAUCCAAAGAUCUCCCUCCCCUCCCCACCUAUUACCUGUACCACCCUAAGAACUGCCCUCUUCACAGGGGGGCUCCCCCCCGCCUCUCUCCUAUUGGAGCCCUCUCCCCUCCCCAUCGCUCCGGAGCACCCCCUCCCGGUGCAGCAAGCUCCUCCCUCAGCUCCCCGCUUUUCCCCCGCUCGCACACCUUGCCUGCCCUCGCUGCUCCCCUCUACUAUCCUAACCUCUACCCUCCUAUACCGCCCAGGGCGCCCCCCCUACCCCCAAAACUCCACCAGGCUCCUCUGCAGUCACGCGUGGCGACUGUUCGCAGUGUCUCAUUCGCUGGCUCUGUGCUGAAGACAGACACACCCUGGAUGGGCGAGGAUGUGAAGCAUCCAAUGAGAGGUCUUGGCCUAUCCUCUCUGUGCCUACAGGAAAAGAAAGCCCUGGUAGGCGCAGUUAGUGUGGCAGUGGAAGCCAUAUUGGCCCAGUUCAGUUCUUCAAGGACUGUGGUUCAGAAGGCCUUAUCAGGAGACAGCGCUAUAAAUCCAUCACUGGGCCGUCUGGUGCUGCAGUGCCUCUGCCCCGCCCUCCACAGCUUGCUGACUGAUGGCUUGAAACCCUACCAGAGUGACCUGAUUGCAGGCAGAAGGCCAAACUCUGCUUGGAGUCUAGUCCAGGCUUCAACCAGGGCAGGUCCUAAAACUCAUGCCUUGUUCAGUCUGCAAGUUCGAGUUGGAGAGCUACCCCAGCUCAGACAGAGCAAACACAGGUUCAACGCAUUCCUCCUCGGCCUACUGAAUACCAAGCUUCUUGACUUCUGGCUGUCUUACCUUCAGUCUUGCAGUGAUGUGCUGGAGACCUAUUACCACCCCACCUCUUUUAUGCGUCUGUCGCAGACCGCCUGCCAGCCUCUGUUUGAGGAGCUGCUCCUUGUGUUGCAGCCUCUGAGCCUGCUCACCUUCAACCUCGACCUGCUCUUCCAGCACCACCAUUUAGAGCCAGAGAGUCACAGGCCAGAGAUCCCCAGCCCUCCCUUUCCGGAUCCUGGAUCCCAGCUUUCAACAAAUGAGACAGCAAUAAAUGGGUCUCAAUCCAAAACUCCAGACAGCAGAUACAGUGAAAGCCUCUCAGAAGUAGACUUUGGAAGCCCAGAUCAUCAGGCAGCUAAAGAUGCUAAAUCAUCACCUGUGACUAAUUCAGAUAAUGGAGGAUCGGCAGCGUCAACAGAUACCAGUUUUGGACCCACAAAGGCUUCAGUCACUCAGGAGGAGACGAGUCCUCAACUGUUGUGGGUCCAGGAAAAAGAAAUUGAAGAUUUGCCUCCUCCUAACGUUGAGGAAGACAGCCUCGCUCAGCAGGCAGGACAGGUAAUUCAACAAGGAUGGGGUGCUGUGGUGCGCUGGGGAGGCCGACUGAGUCAGAAUCUGGCUGAGUUGAGCCUCUCUGCAGUGAAGAAGGAUGAGAUGAACACAGAUCUGCCAGAUCUCCAGGCUCAGGCAGGAAGCGACUACACUCCAGUCAGCGGUAGUACUCAGGUUCCCUGGGGUCUGGGCCGGCUCUUUGGAGCCUCCAAAACUCCCACCAGCCCGACAGGUCACACACAACCAACCAGACGUCCCUCUCAGUGGUUUGCACCCGGUGUCACUGCGCUGACCCGAAUGGUGAGCAGCAGCUCCACACCAAUGCUGAGAAAGAUCCCCGAGACUCUGGGAGAGACCGGAUCAGAGUCCGAGAAAGAUGUCGACACACUGGAGAUGAAGGACAAACCCAGACCACUCAGGUCGGUGCGAACGCUGUGUGACCACGCUGGAUCCGGUUCCGAGCUCAGCUUCCGCAAAGGGGAGGAGCUCGUGGUGUUAGGAGGCGUCGAUCAAGACUGGAUUCGCUGUCGUCAGGGAGACAAAGAGGGGCUGGUACCUAUUGGCUACACCUCUCUCAUCAUGUGACCAUAACUGCUGCACUUAAUCAACACUAAAAAAAUCAAUAAAUAAUUAUAAAAUAUAUAUAUAUAUAUAUUUUAGGUGAGUAUUGAGAGGUUAUGGUAAGGCUGCACUACUCUGAAAGGGAUAUUUCACACAGGCUCGGUUACAGUUUGAGUUAAGGGCAUAACACCAUCUGUUGUGCUUUAUGUGCAUCAGAGGCAAUCUGCAGCCCCCCCUCGUUAUGAACAUAUUGGAGCUUUUCCCAUCACAAUCAUUUCAGUUUGGUAGCGUUCAACUAAUAGAUUUUAGCAGCAGGAAUUGAGCAGAUGGUGCGAAAUAAUGACUCGACUCAAACUUGGAUCAUUUCAAACCAGAAGACCUUUGAUCCUCGAGUGAAUUAUCCCUUCAAAUGCCUUUUUUCUCCAUUUCCGCCUUGCUUGCCGGCCGCUGAUCUGAAAGCGAUUGCCAAAAUUCUUUGCAGUCUGUCACACUCGAGUGCGUUCAAAUCAGCGGCUAUCUGUCGCGAGGAGGCGGCGGUCGACAGCCUGGCUGCAGGUCGUCGAGUGGGGAAAGCAUGUCGGAGUAGUGGGCCGUAGCUCCUGUUGCAUACUGCGUAGUAAUGUAGUGAACUGUAGCUGUGUAGACCCGUUCUAUUGACCUUUUACCCUUAUUGACCUCUCAUCUUUCUCACCUAGUUUAUGUGUGUUUGACAUGUUUCUGCUACUGUAUUUGACUGUAUAAAUAUACAUAUAAAAAUAUAUAUAUAUAAAUAUAUAGCUAUAUAAAACGAGAUUGAUAUUACCAAGAUAGACAGAAAGGUAGAUAAAUAUGAGAAAGUAGCAGCUUAAGGCUGCAGCCGUAUUGAUGGAGUGAUUAUUCAUCUUUACAUUUGCAACAACAUGAAGCGGAUGUCAUACAUGCAAAAACAAAUGAAUAUGUGUUUAUUUUAAGUAUGCAAUCCAGUAUCUUCCCUAUUGUGCGCUUUAUGUAUUGCCAUUGUCAUCAUAUUCAUAACAUGAUUAAAUUGAGCUCAUACCUUUUAAACUCUGUAUGCACUGUAAUGUACCACGAAUGCUCUGAAUGAAAACAUCUUAGAUAUCCCACAAAGUUAUAGACGACAGCGACCUGUAGCCAGAAUCUCACAGAGCCUCCGUGGGUUUUAGCAAAAACCCUCACAAAAGUCUGCCCCGCUUUCUCGGCACUGUCUGAAUUUCAAAUGAACGCAGUGAGAAAAACCCCAGAUGUGAUGUCGAUUCAUAAAUGCUACAAGUCUGUGGGUUUGGUGGCUGGUCUUCACCUCGUACCUCAGCUUUUGUAUUUAUCUUAACCCCAUGUUUGCCGAUCAUAAUCAUUGAUAUUAAUGGUAGUGGUAGCAGUGGAAGUGAUUCGUUUGUUUUGUUGUUGCUUAAAUGAAAAGAAAAAAAACCUGUUGUUUUGUGUCACAUAAUUAUUAGUUAUCUGUAUCUAUGACUAUGCAUAUAUUUAAAUGCGCAACUAGAAGUGUGUUUAGUUUGUUAUAAAGUCUAUUUUAAUUUGAUGUUAUCAUGCAAGAGGAAACCGGAAGCAUAAAACGAUAAGUGCUUAAAUUAAAAAAAGAAGGAGGGCGAUUUUUAAGCGGCCAGGAAAGGCUAACGCUAAAGGACCUCUAUUCAAUCAGCAGGAAAGUUCCAUUGCUAUUGAUCAAUCAGGGAAAAGAUCAGUUCUGCAGAGUUUCAGUGUAGCAUGCGAUUGCUGGCAACAGUCCAGUAGCAUUAACUUAAACCAGUGUCAUAACUCAUUAUCAGGAAAAAAAAAUGCCAACACAAGUGAUUAAAAGAAAUAAAAGAAACAAAGUCUAGAUACAGAUAAAAUAUCAGUAGACACAUUUAGUUUGUUUCUUUCCGAUGUGAGAUUAAAUGCAUUUGUUUAAAAGCUAUUUAUUUAUGGGAUGUAUUAUUUAUUGAUCUUGAGGUUUCUGAAAGGAAUAGCUCGCUAAUUAUCCGGGUUUUUCGUGUGCGAAAAUGCACGCAUGGCCGUGUGUAUGUGCGUGUAUGUGAAGUGAAAGCAGAGAUGAGUUCGAGCACUUCUCUGUCAGCGCAUCCUGCACUUUCACUUGUGUGUGUGAGUGACAGUUAGUUCUGUUCCUCCCUCUCCUCUCUGGUGUCAUGUAGCCCGUAGACAUCCCGUUGUCCUACUGUUGCGUAUAGAGUGCCCCUCUAGUGUCAGUCACUGUUCAGCUCCUGCAUGUGCUUGUUUGUAAAUACACCAAAUAAAAUAUGUAUAAACCAAACAUGA